AUGGACGGCAGCACGCAAGGAUCGAUCGAGAGUUAUCGUGGGCCACGACUGCCACAAAUCAAUAUCCCAACCUUCUCAGGCAAGUGGGAAGACUGGGAGCCGUUUCGAGAUCUGUUUAGAGCGCUCAUCCAUGAGGAGAAACAACUGACCAAUGUCAAACGCUUGUUCUACCUCAAAUCUUUGGUACAGGGUGGGGCAAAGGCGACUCUGGAUACCGUGCAAAUGAUGGGAUCCAAUUAUACCACUGCCUGGAACCUACUCGAGGCUCAUUUUCAACACCGCCGUCUUCUUAUUCAAGACCAUCUGUCGGCACACCGUAAUCUAAAACCACUUCAGGAUAAAUCAGCAGCUGGAUUGAAAAGACUGCUAGAUACACUCAAACGCCACUGCGAUCAGCUACGAGUCUUAAAAUGUCCGGUCAACCACUGGAAUCACUGGCUUGUGGACUCUGCCACCACUGGUCUGGAUCCCACAACAAAGUGCUAUUAG